AUGAGAAGCUCUUGGUUCAAUAAACUACACCUGUUUUUGGGUCCUAGACCACCACUCAACUGGUUACUUUUGUGUCUAGUUGGUGUCUUAGUUCUCAUUGCAUUAUUGGGAUCUUCUUCUUCUAGUGUAUAUGAUUCUGUCAAUGCUUCUGUUAGACUUCACAUUUAUACGAACUACAGAAGGCUAAAAGAGCGAGCAGUGAGUGAUUAUUUGGAGUUGAGGAGUCUGGGAGCUAAUCGCGUUAGUGAUUUUGAUCUUUGUGGCAAGGAAAGAGAAAAUUAUGUGCCUUUCUAUAACAUAUCUGCAAAUUUGCUAGCUGGUUUUAAAGAUGGAGAGGAGUUUGAUCGACACUGA